CUCAAAUUGACAACUUUGGCAAUGAUGCAUUGCUUGUGGCUCUCAAUUAUUCGAUAAAAAGAAAAUUUUACGUUGACCCUUUCUUAACUGAACUGGAGUUUUACACACAGGGAAUCUCCACCGCUUAGCCGCAUAUACCAUCCAAGUAUCAUCCCAUUCAGAUCAUGCCACGUAAGAUAGGACCCACCCAUGAAUUAAUGAUAAAAUGAGAACCAAAUGCCAGCCCCAGGCGAUCACCAACGGUCAAAAUCCUUAUCCCAAAACCUCAUCCAAUUCCUCCUCCUCCCUCCACUCAUUCCCACUAUUUGCCUCCAUACACCAGAAGUACUCACAUGAAGAUAAAACUUGACAAACCCAAAAAACAACCUAAAAGAAACCAAACCUCACAUAUCAGACCCUCUUCUCUGUUCCUCCUCAGCAGCUUUUCUUCCCUCCAUUUCAGAGAUUCAGAAGCCCCAUUAAAACCAUGUCUUGUUCAAAUUUGACAAUGUGGGUGUCUUCAAAACCUGCCCUUUCUGACACCUCCUCGCUCUCCUGCCGUUCUUUUAUCAGCCCUUUUCAGCUUCCUUCACAAAACUCUCUCCCUGCCAGCCCCUCAAGAUCGUCUUCUGUGUCCCCGAUUCACUGCGGUCUCCGUGAGCUUCGAGAACGUAUUGAUUCUGUAAAGAACACCCAGAAGAUCACUGAGGCUAUGAAGCUUGUGGCAGCUGCCAAAGUCCGCAGAGCUCAAGAAGCUGUCGUUAAUGGAAGACCCUUCUCGGAAACUCUUGUGGAAGUUCUUUACAACAUCAAUGAGCAGCUCCAAGUGGAAGACAUAGAUGCUCCUCUGACCAAUGUUAGGCCUGUCAAGAAAGUUGCUCUUGUUGUCAUAACCGGCGAUCGUGGUCUUUGUGGAGGUUUCAACAAUUCAAUUAUCAAGAAAGCUGAGAGAAGAAUAUCUGAAUUGAAGGCUCUUGGUCUCGAAUACACGAUCAUCAGCGUUGGCAAAAAGGGUAACUCUUAUUUUCUAAGGCGGCCUUACAUUCCAGUUGAUAAGUUUCUUGAGGGAACCAACCUCCCAACUGCCAAAGAAGCACAGGCCAUUGCAGAUGAUGUGUUCUCCCUCUUUGUGAGUGAAGAAGUUGACAAAGUUGAGCUUUUGUACACCAAAUUCGUGUCGUUGGUUAAGUCUGACCCUGUGAUUCAUACCUUGCUUCCACUCUCACCAAAAGGAGAGAUUUGUGAUAUUAAUGGUGUGUGUGUGGAUGCUGCCGAUGAUGAGUUCUUCAGGUUGACAACAAAGGAAGGGAAGUUGACUGUAGAGAGAGAUGUGGUGAGGACAACAACCGUGGAUUUCACACCGGUUUUGCAAUUCGAGCAGGAUCCAGUUCAGAUUCUUGAUGCUUUGCUGCCUUUGUACCUCAACAGUCAGAUUUUGAGGGCAUUGCAAGAGUCACUAGCCAGUGAGCUUGCUGCUAGGAUGAGUGCCAUGAGCAAUGCAACUGAUAAUGCAGUGGAGUUGAAGAAGAACUUGUCCAGGGUCUACAACAGGCAGCGCCAGGCCAAAAUCACAGGAGAGAUAUUGGAGAUUGUUUCUGGUGCCAAUGCCUUAGUUUGAUCGCUGGAUAAUGGGGGUGCUUCUUUUCUCCUCCACAUGAGUUUGUGCAUCUUAAUUUGUUGGUAUGCAUGUUCCAUUAUUCGUCGAAAUAUAAUGAAGAUCGGUACUUAUGCAGAUUUCACACUUGAUUGUAAUUCUCAACUGCGCAUAAAUUUUGUGCACACUAUUUUGGAACAACAGAGCAUUCCACAUAUAUUGUAUGUCCUUUUUUCUCCAUCAUAGCCAAUAAUACUGUUAAUCUAAUUAAAGAUCCCUUCUUUUCA